AUGACAGUCCAACAACUGAACUCGAAUAUUUCUGACGACUCAGAUGAUAUGGUUAGUUUACCAUCGGAAGAAGAAAUUUAUAGACGAAAAUAUCAGUUGUUGCUGGAGCGAUGUGAAGUGUUGCAGCAGGAUAAUGAACGAAUUGUGAAUAGGAUACAUGAAGUGAAGAAAAUAACCAAACGAUAUAAAAAAGAUAUAAAAUUGUUAGUCGAAAGGCUCGAUAAACAUGGAGACCCCUUUAGAACGGCUUCAGUAGAAGUCGAGGUGAAACCAAAAGUUCCAGUAAGACCUCCUCGUGUCGGUGCUAAAACACAGACCCAAUCAAAACAGGUUGACAAACAAAAUGCCAGUGGAGGAAAAAAACCAGCACCAAAAAGGAAAAGUAAAGCAGAUAAGCCUGAAAGAGAUCCAAAUGCACCGAAGAAGCCAUGCAAUGCAUUUUUCCAGUUUUGUCAGGAACAAAGGCCAGUAGUUGUAGCAGAAACUGCCACAGAUGUAGGAUCGGAGCCAACUAAACAAGAAAUUACCAGACAACUUGCAUCAAGGUGGAGGGCAUUGACUAGUGAUGAAAAACGGGUAUAUGUUGCAAUGUUUGAAAGAUCAAAGGAGAAGUAUGCAGAAGAAAUGUCGGCGUACAUCAAGAAAGAGCAAUAG